UCUUUUAAAGAGCUGUCUUGUGGCUUUUGUUUUCGUCUAUGUGGUGACUGUAUUUUAGAAGUAGACAAACAUUCCUGGUAUAUAAGCCUGAAUAUUUUUCAGGGUUUUUUUUUUGGUGGUAAAAGAAGCUUAAAUGGAAAUGCAGGGGCAGAGAAAUCGUGCCUGGGGAAGUCCUGUGUGGUCCUGCCAAGUGCCGCAGCAGAUCUGUGUCACGGGGCUGCUAAUGGAUAUUGCACGCAAUUCAUAAAGGGGCAAAGGGAGAGAGACGCAGAGGGAUGGUGAGAAGCAGAGCCAGCAUUAAGGGCAGGAGCCCUGCAUGGUUCCGAGCUUCCCGUCGCAACAUGGAAGCCGUCGCCAAGUUUGACUUCACCGCCUCAGGCGAGGAUGAACUGAGCUUUCACACUGGAGACAUUCUGAAGAUCUUAAGUAACCAAGAGGAGUGGUUCAAGGCGGAGCUUGGGAGCCAAGAAGGAUAUGUGCCCAAGAAUUUUAUAGAAAUCCAGUUUCCUGAAUGGUUUCAUGAAGGUCUCUCGCGACACCAGGCAGAGAACUUACUUAUGGGCAAGGAGGUUGGUUUCUUCAUCAUCCGGGCCAGCCAGAGCUCCCCAGGGGACUUCUCCAUCUCUGUCAGGUACUGGCCAUUCCCAACCCAGACUGCUAAAGCCAUGAGGUGA